AUGGCGCCCGCCCAAAGUAAACAGCCGUAUCCUUUCUGCUUCCUUGCUUCUUCUCGACUCAACGUGCUCAACUACGUCCUUGUGCCUAUGCCCAUGUCCCCGGUUAUUCGAAUUCCAGGUGUCGCCGCCUCCAGUGAGUCACCAACCGACGGCAGCGCUGACCGCAGUGGCCGCGUGCUGCACGCACCCGCUCGACGUGAUGAGAGUACUGCCCAGCACAAGCAGACGCUCGCAAACGCAGUGAAGGACGUCGUGUCGCACAAGGGAACGAGGAAGCUCAACAUGCUCGAGCUGACGGGUAUCGCGGCGUCGUCGGGCGCGCUCGGCGGACUGGCCGGUAACCCUGCCGACAUUGUGCUCGUCCGUAUGGUGUCGGACCCGACGAAACCGCCCGAGAAGCAGGUGCACUAUCGCAACGCCCUGCAUGGCGUGUACAAGAUGGUCCAGGUCGAGGGCUUCGGCAGUCUGUUCCGCGGUCUUAUGCCCAACACUCUGACCCCAGGUCCGUGGUGUGCUCAUGAACUCGGCCCAGCUCGUGUCCUACGACACGUUCAAGUCGAUGCUGUUGGGCUACGGCAUGUCGGACGGUCUGCCACUGCACGCCCUCGCCUCCUUCCUCAGUGGCACGAUUGCGACGACGAUCUGCUCGCCGGCGGACGUGAUCAAGUCGCGCGUCAUGCACUCGACCGACCCGCUCGGACCGAUGCACGUCCUGACCGAGUCGAUGCGGAAGGAGGGUCCCGGAUUCCUGUUCAAGGGCUGGAUGCCGAGCUGGAUCCGCCUCACGCCCAACACGAUCUGCAUCUUCGUCUUCCUCGAGCAGCUUAG